UAAACACGCGCCUACAUUUGUGUUUCUUGAACGAAUUUUCAGUCGAUUAACAAAAUGUCCGCAGUUAAAACAUCCUGCUAAUGAAUUUAAUCUGAAAGAAUAACAUGGCAAACCAACUCUCGAGUUUGUGCAUAAGUUUGCUUACACAACUUCUAGAUUUGAAUUCGUUGGAAGGACUUUCAGAUGACACGAACAGAGAAGGCUAUGUGCUGAAGAACAUCAAAACUGAACUUGGGUCUGAUUUAGGUAGCGAUAUUGCAUAUGAAGACUUCGUUAUAGAAACCAGCGAUCAUGCAGAGAAAAAGGAGAAGAAGCUGCAUAGAAGAUUAAUCAAAACAAGUUCAAAAGAAACCAAUGCAGUUUUUGGCGGAAAAUUAAAUGAAAAUUCAGUGAGAACUAUGGUGAAGAUCAUGGAUCAUUUAAAAAAUCAUACAGAGGUAGAAGGACUGUUCAGAAUAUCAGGCAAUAAAAGACGCCAAGAAGAUUUAAAGGACAUGCUCAACAAGGAAGGUCAUUCUAUUGAUUUGACAGACAAAGGCUUCAGCCAACAUGACCUCACCACCAUUCUAAAGCAGUUUCUGGCUGAGCUGAGCGAACCACUCCUGACUGAUUGUCUGUACAACUGUUACAAGCAAGUGGCAGGUAAAACACGAGAAAUGGAUGGCAAAGUUUCUUUCAGAAAGCGGCUCACGGCAUUACAGCUUCUUUCCCUAUUGCUACCACCCUUAAAUCGCUUAUUCUUCAAGAAGCUGGUUGAACUUUUGCACCUAGUUUCUGAGAGAACCAUCAACCUGAUGACAUCGAAAAACCUAGCUGUCGUUUUUGCUCCAAACAUUGCUUCUCGAACAAAAAUAUCCUGUUUGAAUGACGUGAAUCAGAAUCUGGAACCUCUGACGGAAAUUAUUGAGUUUAUAAUCGAAAAUUCAGAUCAAAUUUUUAAGGUGCCGGAUGAGUUGUUUGCUUCAAGAACAGGAAUGAAAGGGGGAAAUUACGCACUUGCAACCCCUAAAGCGUUCUGCAGAAGGCUCAACCCUCGUUUCUAUCAACAAGAAACGGUACAGGCAACCAAUGACGCUCUUGCAGAUCUUUACACUCAAGUUGUAAAUAUGCCAGACAGCCAUCCGAUGAAAAGACAGGUGUUGGAAGAUUUCAGAAAGAAGUACCCAGGAACACCACCUUUUGUUCCAAAAUGUCGCAGGGCUUUGCAGGCAGCGAAUUCUGCCAAACAAAUGACUCCGUCUCUAAAGAGGAAACCUGAGGAAGAUAUUUCAAAUCUAAGCGAAGAUUUUGACAGGGAAGACGGUGCAUUCCUCAGCACGCCCGAAAAAAGGCGAUUGUUUACGGAGGGAGAGCUAGCAGAGCAUCGGACACCGAACAACCGGCAGGAACCGUCCGAACAAAUGGACAGUGCUAAUGCGCAUGUGUUUGAUACUAUUCCUGAAAAAAGGAAGCGGUUUCGGAGGCCUAGCUUUAGCCGUCCAAGUUUUGGGUUUUUCUCCAAACGAAGCACGCCAGAUUUGAGAAAAUUGCAAAAGCCUCCGUCUGAGCCAACCAGCAACAGCAGCAACAACAAAAGAGCUCGCAGUAGUAGCGCAACAAAUUGCGACGAAAGCGACCCGAAACGAAGGUUUUCCUUCACGCCAUUCCUUGAUCGAAAAUUUAACCAACAGCGAUCUGCGACGGAGAAAAAGCCACCGAAAAAGGCCAACAAAGUCAGCACUUAUUCAAAAACUGUCAAUAAAAUACAGUUUGAGCCGAAAGACGUCGAUGGAGGUGCGAUCGAACACUCUCAGUGCUCAAAGGAAUUUAAUGAUAAUUCAAAGACGAUUGACAAUACUAAAAAAGACAACAGACCAAAACCAGAAUUACGAGCCCCUUUGAUGAACAUUCGAUCCACCGGAAAACCUCCUGUGCGCGAUUCUCUAAACAUCAGGAGAGAGACACUUGCACUUCAUAAAGAGCAAAAGUUAAAUAUCGACGUGUUCAGGCCCCGGCGAGAGACUCUAUCCAUACAGCGGGCGCAGCCAAGUAUCUUGCCUUUAAAGCCACGCAGGGAGAAUUUCGAUCUUGAAAAAGGUCAACCAGUUCUUGAAUCAUUCAAACCAAAGCGAGAUAGUCUUAUUAUUCACAGGAAAACCCAGCCACAAUUUGAGCAGAUCAAAUCUGUCCAGAAAGAUGUUUAUGAUGAUAACGAGGACAAUAGUCUCUUCCAGGACGAGGUUAGUAAAAGCCAAAAGUCUAUUUGUAUUGGAAAAGAAAAUCUCGGCUUCGAAGAGAGAUGCUCGCAUAAAGAAAAGCGGUCGUUCAAGAUUGUGGAUCGAGAUAUUGAUUCGCCUGUUAAAUUCACGUCUUUUGGCAAGAAACAGCUAGAAGAAGAAAAUACUGCCUCAAAAGAAUUACGGCGAAAUGAAUUUCACUCGAGAAGGAUGUCGACUGGAUCAAUUAUGAGGCCUGGAUGGGCACAGAGUAAACCAUUGGAUGAAGGUUACAUGGUCACUUACCUAUAGAAAAGAUUGGACCACUGAAUGCUGAAAACAACAAUCGAGCAUGCCCAGCUAAGGAGACCCGCUAAAUUAGUUCCUAGAUUUUGUUUAGGCUGCUCUAUUUGUAUCUAGUUCUGUGAAUGUAUAUUAAUUUUGUUGUGAACAACCUGUAACGGCGAAAUUACUGUUGAGAUAUUUUGUCAUCUCAGAGAGUGUUUGUGUUAGAUGACGUCAUUCUGGUGGUUCAUCAACUUUAAACCUGAGUGGGAAAGAUAGCUCCCUGAUGUCCCUGUGCUAGCUAAUCAGCCUAAUUAGCCGAAAGGUAUCGCAAAUCCCUACUGAGUUAUACCUAAUUAGCUAUAUACUUAUUCUUCGAAUUUUCUGUGCAACUAUUCAUCAGAUGUAAAUAGAUAUAUUGUAUUAUGUUAUAUAGCAUUUAAAUCCUAUCUUUAUAUUUUCUAUUUCAGUUAUGAAAUUUUAUUUUGUUUAUUACGUCUAUAGUUUUAAAAUUGUUUACAACGAAAUUCUUUUUUUCUGGCA